CACCUUUGAAAAAUCUCACGUGCUCUGAUUUUUCUCUCUUCCUUGCUUUCCUUCCACCGGCAUGAAUCAGAAAACAUGGCCGGCGACCAAGUCCAGUUCCGACGGCCUUCGUCGUUUCACCGCUUUCCCUUUCAUCAGAAAACAGACCCAUCUUCAAAAUCGUCCAUCGGAAAACCCCUUUUCCGAUCACUCCAAAAAGAUCAAUACAACAACUCCUCCAUCAUCAUCAAAUUCUUGUUGCAGUAGUAGUAGUAGUAAUCAGUACUGCUACAAUCAAGACUUUUCUCAGCUUCCCUACGAUAUUAUCUUGAAAAUUGCUGCUAGGUUUUCGCUGUCGAAUGUACGGGCAUCUUCUCUAGUAUGCAAGUCUUGGUGCGAGGCACUUCGACCUUUAAGAGAAUCUAUGGUUUUUCUCAGAUGGGGUAAGAGAUUUAAGCAUGGAAGAGGUGGGGUUAAGCGUAAUUUGAGUAAAGCCCUUGAUUCUUUCCUUAAAGGAGCUGCUCGUGGGUCUACACUAGCUAUGGUGGAUGCUGGGUUACUUUAUUGGGAGAUGGGGAAAAGAGAAGAAGGGAUUAGUUUGUAUAGAAAAGCUGCUGAACUUGGUGACCCUGCUGGUCAGUGCAAUUUGGGGAUUUCUCUCUUGCAAGUGAAUCCUCUGGACCCCGAGGAAGCUGUUAAAUGGCUUUAUAAAGCUUCCGUUUCUGGUCAUGUUCGUGCUCAAUACCAGCUUGCACUUACUUUACAUAAAGGUCAUGGUCCGAAGAGAAAUCUCCAGGAAACGGCAAAGUGGUACUUGAGGGCAGCAGAAGGUGGAUAUGUCCGCGCUAUGUAUAACACAGCAUUAUGCUACUCGGUUGGAGAAGGUUUAAUGCAAUCUCAUGAAUUAGCAAAAAAAUGGAUGAAGAGAGCAGCUGAUCGAGGUCAUAGCAAAGCCCAGCUUGAGCAUGGGUUGAGUCUAUACUCUGAGAAGAGACUCCAUUUCCAACAACUUCCCGGGUUAUCAAAUCUCUCCUAUAUGUUUGUGACCUUCAUUUUCUAGGAAGUCAGCGGAGUUGUUUGCCUCUCUCCAAAUAUGAAUAAUCGAAGCCUUGCUAGUGUCUAGCUAAAGUUUGCGGUCUUCAGUAAGAACCCAACGAUGAUACCUGGAUCGCGAGUAGACAAUCUGUUUCCACUUCAUAACUCUGUAGUUAGGCUUGAAGUCGAUUUCAUAACCACUCGCGAUCACAUUGAACAGGAUGGGGAUAGGAUGCAAGCUGUGGUAUAUCUGGAACUUGCUGCUCGCGCUGGUGAAGCUGCAGCUCAUCCCGUGAAAAAUGUUAUACUUCAACAGAUGUCCACUUUUUCUCGAGAUCACGCUAUGCUUCUUGUCAAUAGC